AGUGGUUCGUUUGAUCCUAUAAGGAGUUCUUCCUUGUGUUAAACAGUGAAAUGAGGAUUAAAACAUGGACGUGAACCAAACUUUUUACUGCUCUGUGUUCGAUAAAAAGAGUCAGACUAAAUUCAUCUGUUACACCAAGAGAAGAAACGGAACAUGUCGUAUUUGUUUGACUGAUGCUGCUGAUGUUUGGACCUCAGAAUUGACUUCAGACACAUUGGAUCAUUUUAGACAGAGAUUUGCCUUAAAAUCUGCAGAUGAUUUCAUCCAAAAACUGAGCUCAGCCUGUAGUCGUGGGGACGUGUCAGUUGUGGUCGGUGACUUGACUGCAGACGUCCAUGUUGGUUCUGGUCCAGCUGACCUCAGAGUGACUUUGAACAGGCUGGAGGCUCCUCAGGCACAAGAGGAGCUGAAGGAGCUGCUAUUCAAGAUGGCUGACAGCCUCACACAGAGUGACGGUGUGUCUCCGUCAGUCAGCCCGGUGAAAAAUCCUCUGAGGAGACCCACAGAGUUUGAGCCACGGCAGCAGAACGUAGCACCAUCAGUGAUGCUGAAGAAACGCCUUCCAGGAACUUCACUCAUCAACCCAGGAACUAAAAAAAAGCUGCGAGCGACCGGCGUGGCUUUUGAUGAUGCUGAUGAGGACUGAGCCUUCAGACCGUUCCUCCCACAUUGCUACUGAAGUACUUCAAUUGAUCCAGACAAUAUGAUGGAAUUAAGGAUUUUUUAAACAGCUUGUAUGAUGAAUAUCUUUUAAUACGUGGUAUUUACCACAAUGAAGUCUUGAACUCUUGAACUGUGCUUUUAACUGUAUUUUAAUGUAACCGGAAGGAAUUUUAAGCUGAAUGAUUCUGCAAUGCAACUGAAUCUUGAAACAAAAAUUAAAGGAACUGCAAAAAUA